ACAGUCACAAGAUUUUAUUUUCGUUUUGACCUGGCUUUGUGAGAUGAAUUUGUCGAAAGUUAGUUGACGUCCAAUUCACUAGCAGGCGACAAUGACACGUCAGAUUUACAAAGUAGCAUCUGUACUGCUUUGUAUGCAGUCCGUAUUAACAUUUGAAGAGAAAAAAGGGUACUUUUGGCAGGUUUCUGACUUCCACUAUGAUGCCAACUAUAGUUCCCAUGGCAACCCUCUUAACAUGUGUCAUCAGGGCCAAGGUCAAGGUUACAGCAACAGUCAAUAUGGCAACUAUCAUUGUGAUGCACCCUGGGUGUUGAUUGAGUCUGCAAUAAAUGCAAUGGUGAAGUUCCAUCCAUAUCCAGACUUUGUGAUUUGGACAGGAGAUAGUAUUCCACAUGUAAAAAACUCUGAUUUGGAUUCUUUGAAAGUGUAUGAGAACAUUGGAAAUGUUACCUUGAGACUUAAACAGGGCUUUCCUAACACCACCAUCUACCCUGUCCUGGGUAACCAUGACGAAUACCCAGCAGACCACUACCCUAACGGGUCAACAAACUACUACAGUGACAUCCUGUAUAAGUCUCACUGGCAUACACUACUGGAAAAUAAUACUGCUGACGAGUUUAAGACAGGUGGCUAUUACCAGGGGCAUACAAAGACAGGACUAGUGAUGGUUGGACUCAAUACAAACCUGCUGUUCAGCCAGGACCCCCUGACUAAAGGCACAGGAGACCCUGCUGGACAGUUUCAAUGGCUGAGGAGGAAACUUUCAGAGGCGAGGAGCCUCAAUAAAAAGGUGAUUCUCUUUUCCCAUAUUGCACCUGGUUAUUUUGAAAAGUACCAGGAUUUGAUGUGGUUUUAUAAUGAUUACAACAACGAAUACAUCAAGAUCCUCCAGACGUUUAAUGAUGUCAUAGCUACCCAAGUGUACGGCCAUGAGCACACAGAUAGCUUUCGGUUGGUAAAGGACAGUUAUGGAGAACCAGUGGACAUCUUAUUCCUGAGCCCUGCUGUUACUCCUUGGAACAGUAGCCUGGCAGGAGUAGGAGCCAACAAUCCUGGCGUGCGGCUUUACGAGUACAACCAGAAUAACGGCGAAAUCAUCAACUACUGGCAGUAUUUUCUUAACCUUUCUUCAGUGAUUUCAGGAAAUCCGCCAAAUUGGGCGUUGGAGUAUGAGGCGAAAAAAGUCUACAACCUAACAAAAUUACAGCCAUUAGAAGUGUUGGCAUUAGUAAAUUCAUUCGAUAAUGAUAAAUUCAAUAAGCUUUAUAUGAAAUACCUCCAGUUUAACUCCGUCAGUCAGGAUGUCAUGCCUUACUGUGACGAGUCAUGUGUUAAACAACAUUUCUGCGCUAUCAGCGAGCUGGAGAAAUCUGGGUACCAAUCCUGUCUCCAUGGUGAAAUAACGACGCAUCAUCCCCGUCCCCACCACUCGACCCCCAAGGCACCUCCAAAAGAUGUUCCGAAAUACAUGGAGUACGUUAUCAUUGGGCUCGGUGCCGUUGUCCUGUUACUCUUCAUCGUCAUUGCACUCAUUUGUCUGAAAAAGCACCGGUUCAUUCCUAACAGAUAUUCAAGGUUCAACUCCAAUCUGGCGUCUAACCCAAUCAAUUAAAAUGUGAAAAAGUAAGUUGAAUUUUUGGUGUUUUGAAAUGUUCACGUUGGUGCUUACCAAUUUUUUUAGCAAACAGUUGAAUGAAAAACGUUUGCUCUUUAUACAUAUCAUGCAAUGAUAUUAUUGUAACCAGCCAUGGGUACCAUAGAUUGCUUAAAUUAUGUUUGAUAUUCAUUUUUGCACUCGUUAACCGUUGAUCUCAAUAAUGAUAAUAAUUUGAGGUUCUUAUAUAUUGCUUUAUCACAAACCUAGGUCGUAGGUCAUCUCAAAGCUGUUCACAAAUUGUUAUCCGUCUUACAGUGAGUGACAUAAUAUGAGUGGAAUACAAAUUAAAGUUCUGGUAAAUAUUUUAAUACUAAAAGGUAAGUUCACAAAAAUGAGUGUGUGCAACAUAUCGCUUUAGACUAUGGUGUUUGAUGAUUGAAGAUGGCUGCAUGAUGUGUUUAAACUGUCUUCCAAUGUAUGAUUAUGUAUGUCUAUUUGUAUUAGUACAUGUAAUGCAAUGAAUGUGAUCUCCAGUAGAUUACUUGUAAUAUCUUUAAUUUACUUGACUAUUCAGAAGAAUGAGGUUAGAUAGCAAAUCUCUUUGGGUAAUCCAGGUUCCAGUCCAACGUGCUUUAUUCUAUUUAUUGCAGUGAUUAUGUGCACUUUUGAAUUAUGAUGUAAUUUUGCUUUACAUUGUAUUUAUUUAUAAGUAUUAUUCAUCCUAAAUAUUACCCUUUAAAUGAUGUGGUUUGUUGUGACAUGUACUUAUUGAGAACUGUUUCAGUUAGACUGCUCAACUGUGACUUAUUAUAAUGUGCUAUAUUUGAAGAAAAUAGUGUGUUCUUAACCUUAACUCAUAAAGGGCUGUUCCAGGAUUAACUUUAUGGAGGGGACGGGGGCCACAUUUUUGAAAGCUCCAUUGCCCAUCAAAUAUUGAAUCUGAUUUAAUAUAAGGAAUGCCACUGAUACUAAUACAGGUGCCUUCCUCCUCAAAAUACCAUUAAUCUUGGAAUGUCCCUUAUUAUUUUGUGACUUGGUUUAUUUUCAUGCUAAAAGUUGAACUCUUAGGCAAAUAUUUCAAAACUGUAUUUGCUGGCAUUUUUUUAAUAAAGAAAAUGUGCAUGUGUGGCAUAUUUCAAUUGCAGUACACAUCGAUAUAUCAGGGAGGCAAGAAAUAAACUUUUAAUCGUAAACAAUUCCAUCUGUCAUGCGGACUAUUUGGUUUAUUGUUAAAUUAAGUACAUGUGUGAACGAAUGAUUUAAGUAAUACAUAUCAAUCAGCCAGUAGACCAGGAUAUAUCCAGGAUGGUGACAUGUCUCUAUCCGCAGUGUGUCCUAUUGGUGAAGUAUUUACAAUAAAUGUAUCCCAGAACAAUUACAAGAGGUACCCUUGAUUUCAAGGGUUUUAGCCUGUGGAGGGAUUUUUUGCUUGUAACAUGUUGCAAGACUGAAAAUAGUUUGCAGUUGUUUGGACCAACUCGGAGACUGUUUCCUGAGUACAUCUCCUCCCUAACACCAAAGGGAAAUAGUUUUGACUUUUGACUGUAAAGACAUGAACAACUGUGUUGUUACCUUAUCAAAUGCUAUCUGACAUUAUUUUUAACUGUUGACCAGGUGGCUAUGUUUACCUUGUAAAAUUUCUAGGGAAACUCAACGUAAGUAUGUGGUCAAUAUAAUAGAUUAUGUUCUGGUAGAGGCAUGCAUUGUUCUUGUUUCUUGUUAAAUGAAAAUAAGCCAUUGUUCUUAAUUUGUUUUCAUGCCAUAAAGUGCUCCAUACAUUUAUAAACAUGUAUCACGUGCAAUGUUCAUUACCAUGAUGAAGUGCCUUUAUAGACUUUUUAUUGUAAUAAAAUAAGUAUGAUUUUUGUUGAUUAAAG